CACACACCUAAGGACAAACUGCUGCUCUCACACACACAGGACACUCGUAUAGACAAGUAAUCUAGAAGAUGACUGAAGAGGGAAGUUUGGAGACAUUUUUGAAGGAUGUUGAAGAAAUCAGUGAGAUUGUUCAGGGUUUAAAUUCUUCAGACUCAUCUCAUCGAGAGAACGCAUUCUUACAAGCAGACAAAAGACUUUCUUUGUUGAAGGCAGAAGAAGAUAUUGAAGGGACCAGGAUAAAGACAAAUAGAACAGUUAUUAAUAAAUCUCCUAGUGCAAACACCGUCUCAUCUCGACCUGUGAUAAAUAAGUCCCAAAUGAGCCAAGACACUUUCCUUGCUCAGUUAGAAAACGAUGCAAAAGAGCGAGCACAAAGGCGCAAGGAGAAAGAAAAUAUGGCAAAUGCUCUGAAGACUCUGGGUAAUGAGGCAUUUGUGAGCGGUGAUUAUGAGGCUGCAGUUCAGCACUAUACUGAAGGGUUGGAUAAAAUGAAGGACAUGCAGGUUUUAUAUACCAACCGAGCUCUGGCUUACAUAAAGCUGCAGAAAUACCAACAUGCUAUUUCAGAUUGUGCAUGGGCUUUAAAGUGUAAUGAAAAGUGUCUAAAGGCGUAUGUGCACAUGGGAAGAGCUUAUGUGGAACUAAAAAAUUACAUUGAGGCUCGGAAAUGUUAUUUGAAGAUUCCAGAAAUAGAUUCUAGACAGGAGAAGAUGGCAAAGGAUUACCUUAACCAGGUGGACUUUCAGGAGAGGAAGGAGUGUGAGGAGCAGGCGGCACGGGCUGAGUUUGAUGCAGGAAGUGAAGAGGCUGUGUCUGUGGUUCAGCUUCUCCAGAAACUCUCCAGAGCAGAUCAGAUUGAGCUGUAUUAUUCUGGAGGCAUCAAAUUCCUGAAUAAAGCCAUAAAGGACUGUACAGGACAGACAUUAUUCAGAACAAAUAAUGGCUUCAGCAUCAUAGGAGACAAUAAAGUUAUAAAACGGUGCAUGUUCACAACAAGCGCAGACCCUGUGGGUACAGAUCUGUGUCUCUCUGUCCUUAAUCUGUGGAAAACAAUCUGCAAUAAGAAUGAAGUGAACCAGCAGAUAUUUAUCAGCAACCCAGAUACAAACAAGGAAAUCAUUUCACUACUGUCCUCGGAAAUUCCUGAUAUUCAAUUCCAGACCUUGGCACUCUUGAGUAUAUUCACCAUGUCAGAAAGAGGAAGCGCUCUAAUGCUGAAAAACAUAGACCCAUGCAGCCUACUGCAAAGUCUCCUGCAAUAUGUGACUCUAAGGGAUGGAAGAGCAAAUGACGCCAUCACCAUAUUAAACUGCCUCACACUGGAGGAAAGGUUGAAAAUUCAUUUUAGGACCAACUUUUCCUGUAGAUCAUUAAUAUCCUUUGUUCAUUUACUGAGUAAUGUGGAGAGCUGCAACAGAGAGGUGCUGCCUCAUUGUAUCGGCAUCAUCGGAAAUCUACUUGAGGAUCAGGACAUAAGGAAGCAGGCAGCUGAGUAUGUAGAAUGCUGGGACGCCUGCUUGCUGGCAAUGAACAAGUGCACUUUACCCGACAGCGGAGAUGACUACAGAUACAUAUUGCUUGCGGUACUGGGACUCAUGCUCAACAUGUCCUUGGAAGUUACUCUAGCUAUUAAGGAUCGCGGUGAGGAUAUAUGUGACAGAUGUAUCUCUCUUCUGAGCAGUAAAGAUGGAACUAUUCUUACAAGAUGUGUGGGUAUUUUAAGCAGAGUUCUCCCACAAUGCUUGCUGGCUGCGGGACAGGCCGUAGACAGAGGACUUAUAAAGAAGAUGAUCAAGUUGCUAAAGGCUGGCAGGCAGAGGACAUCCCUCUAUGCUGUUAAAGUUCUUGCUAUCUGUACUAAAGAAAAUAACCAGGCAAGGGAGGAUGUGGUGAAAUAUGAUAAAAAGUUCAGUAUUUUAAGAAACUUCUUGAGUUCUGAGGAUGAAAUACUCGUUGGCAACACAGCCCUGUGUUUGGGAAACUGCUUUGAGAUUCCGGGAGCAGCUUCAUCUUUGCUUCAAACUGAUAUCCUGAAAAGUCUCCUGACCCACGCUAGUGGUAAUGCCAAGAGGACUACAGUUCAGCAGAAUGCUGCCAUUGCCCUGGGGAAGUUGUGCACUGCUGACUCCAGAUUUGUGAACCAGCUCAGGGAACUUCAUGGAAUAGAAAUUCUCAAUAGCUGUAUGAAAUAUAUCAAAUGAUUAUUUGCCGUCUUUUCUGCUGCUACAGUAUUAAGUUAAAAAAAGUGUUAAAG